CAUGAAGAUCAUCUCCUCCUAUUUUUCUUCUAAAAGCAAAUAUUUACAAAUAAAAUAGCACAGUGGUGAUCAUAUCAAUUAAUUCAGAUACUUAAACCAGUUUCAUCUCAAUGAUAGUGACUGGAGAAAAUUCACAAUUCUCUCCUAAAACACCUGCAAAGAUGAAUCAUCUUCACUCUCACGCGAGAAACGUCUAAUUCGGACAAGUUUUAGUGGCAAUUUGAACGUAAAAACAAAUUAAAAAGUGAAAAAAAUAUCUGUGAUUUAUGACUCAAACAGGAGCUUUUUAAUUAAGCGGAAAAUUGUGUCCAAUUGUGACUGUGUCCAAGAUAAAAGUCAAGGUUUUACGAGAGAAAAUCGUCAGAAAUGGUAGACAUGCUGAUCCCUCUGCUGGUCAUGAGCAUUGUUGGUGCAUCGGAGGCUAAUCUGGACAUCAUUGGUCCACCUUGUGGAAAGAUUUUCUGUGGGAUCAAUGAAUACUGCAAAGAAGGGGUUCUACAGUGUCACAGUUGCGAACCAAUUUGCAAUCCGUCUUCUCACAAUGCUGAUCAAAUGGAGUGCCAUAAGAGCUGCCAGAAAUACAUCUACAGAAAGUUGUACGAUAAGAUGAAUCAUCUGUCGGGUGAAUUUCAACAGCUGGAGAAUCGUCAGACUGUAAUCUUGAUCAUUACUCUCGUACUUUUGAUCCUGUUCUUGAUUGUCCAUGGACUUCACUUCUUGCGAUGGCUCCACAGAAGAGGAUAUUUCAGUUUAAAAUGUGUGAGAUUCUUCAAAUCCAAGUCCAUGAAGCAGAAACAGUGUCCAGUAGUUGAUCUCACACAUGCCAAUCCUAACACUCAAAGUCCAAAGCUUCACAUUCGAACGGAUUUGGCCAGGAAUUCUGCAAGUUCAAAGAGGGACUCGACUAUCUUUUCAGUCGAUGGGUCAACCAUUCAGACGGUUAGUACUCCGGUGAGUACGAGAUACCCUGCUGAAGAUUCAACGCUUGACUACUCCUACGACAACAGAGGAAUGACCGUGACGCCCGUUGCAGACAAGCCGCGUGGGCCGGAAACAAAUUUUUAGAAAAGAGAAAAUGUACUCAAAAAAUGCUUUCUAUUUUCAGAAAAAUCUUUGUCACAUCACAAAAUUUGUUAGUCAUACAAUUUUAAUCUAAGGGAAAGGUACUGAGUAGCACAAUUUUGAGCUACGCUUUUAGGAUCUAUCUUAGAUAUAUUUUUGCUUUAAGGCUUGUAAAUAUACUUUGGAGAAAAGUGCAGACAA